GGAAUACUUACCGCUCUACUAACAUGAAACUGACCCAUCAAUCAACCUUUUGAUCCCUGCCGCCAUUGAACCCUGAUUUUCAGUCCCCAUUCCACCAACUGCCAUCACCUACCCACAACUUGAGUCAAACUUGCCCAAUACCUAGCUCCAGCAAAUCCCAUUUUCUAUCAUUACAAAAUCUGUACAGUAAAUCAUCUCAAUCUUCGUAGUCUGCAAGUUUUCCCUUCAUCAAUCGUCCAUGAAGUGCUCGUAAACUUGUCGUCGCUUGUUGAAACAAGUGGCGGCGCCUUGCUGCUGUUUCAUUCAGUUGCUGCAUCGCCUUCUCUCGUAUCUUUCCGCGCUCAUCAAUCGCUGCCUUUGCUGCCCGCGUCCCCCGGAGAAACCUAUCACUAUCCUUCUUCCACGUUUCAUUGAGCGCUUGCCUCUCUUGGACUUACCUCGACUAAUCCAUGGAGUUUCUCUGCUAUCUCUGCAUUCGGCCCGGCCGGUCGUGUCUGUCUGGGAGAGACUCCAUUGCCGCGGACUUUGUCAUGCUCCAUGGCCUGUUCCACUUCGGCAGUCGCUUCAUUUUGUCCCUGCAGGGACGCCAGUAUCUGAGCAUGAAGGUCUUUAUCACUUGAACUUGGCUCGGGGUGCAAGUUGACCGGCUCAGCUUUGACCUUCGUAUUAGGUUUGGGUCUCAAUCCCACUCUGGUCUUGUCAUGAAUGGCCUCUGCAGCUGCCAGACUAGAGAGAUACUCUUGUUGUAAGUGAUUGCCAUCAGGAUAUGGGGAUUCCUAUUCCGCAGUUCUUCGAAGGCGUUGGGAUCUUCUAGGCUCCGUCUGCUGAUUGCGCUUGGGCACUUUCGCAGAUACAACUUCUUCCAUAGCACUUGGACUUGUUCCACCGACAAGCUGUGCUGGGCUUGUUUCAAGUGGUAACGGGCUACCCACCUGACUGAUACUGAAGCUCCUUGAUGACUUACUGAUCUUGCGAGGUGGGUGAGAAACAUCAAUGAUGGGGUCAACUGUCGUAGCAGGUCUUUUCAAGGUCCUUGCUUGUGAGGUAUCUUGUUGAACGAGAAUGUUGGUGUCGCGAGCCGACAAAACCUUCCUUCGGCCCUUUUGAGCUGCACGGUUUCCCCUCGUGCUUGGAAGAGGUUCUUCAACAACCUUCUUGGAGUCAGGCUUAACAGUCAUGGUUGUCUUCUGCCUAGAGAUUUGUUCUUCUGGAGGACGUGAAGGGUGAGAGGCCUCGGGCUUCUGCGGUAGGGUCUGCGGGCGUGUAGACGGCUGCGCUUUCUCACGGUGAGCAUGGCCUACUGGUUCCACGUCGACAAUUGGGUCAACGAGCAACUCUCCCAUCACUGAUUGAGUCUUCCUUGCUGAUUGCCUCUUCUCUUUUGGUUGCAAGUCUUCAAUUGGAACGAAGGCAUCGUCAUCAUCGGAAAACAAGGAGCUUUCAGGGUCACUAGAGAGCACGAUAGGGUCCUGAGUCGAUCCCUGAGUCUCAUUUCUCUUUCCUGGUGUCUCUUGGGCCUUUAAAGGCUGCGACACUGGUGCUUUUUCCUCUUUCACCUUGGCUCGAGUUAUUCUCUUUUUGAUCGCGGGCGCAGGCUUAGCUGCCACUUUUGUAGCAGGAACUGCACGUUCUUCAGCUGUAUGAGGUUUGUCCUGAGGUACCACGUUCUUCAAAUCUGACUUUCGUGUGGCUGGGGGGGCUUUCUGGGAAGCAUCUUGAGCAGGCGGUUUGCGCUUUGGCGCAGGUUUUCGUUUCGAGCCGGGUGUUCCUUUCCCUGCACUUGAAAUGGGAGAGACAGAGGCAGCAUGCGAUUUUCUGAGAUUGCUCACGAUGGGCAUGCGAGGUUGCUGUUCCGCUGCCUUCCGUGGUGUUGCCUCUUUUAUUUCAUGUGUCUCUUCGUCGAAUUGAAUGGGAGUCUUCGCUCGUUGUCUCCGGCCUUUCCUUUCCUUGGGUCGUUGCUCACUUGUCCGUACAUCCUGAGUUAUCGCAGCGGCAGGCUUCCUUUUUGGUGUCUCUUUGCCUUUGAGAGCGCUGUUCUUCCGCUUUGGGAGCUUUGCUGGUAGCUUUUCAGGGGGUGAAGAUGCUUGCUCCUGUCUUUCGUCUUCUCCUGAUGGAUCCAGUUCCUCCUCUAACAGUCUCGUAAGUGCAUCAUGGCUUUUUGAGGCCUUCCCCGGCCUGCCUUUUGUCUUUGAGUUCUGCGACGAAUUUGGCUUCUUAGUACGCUGGGACCUUUCUGUGGCAGCUUCAGGUGCUUCCUCCUCUUUUCGCGAUGUCUCAGCUUCAAGCUCAGCCGUCGACUUGGGAGGCGUGACAUCAUAUAGCUCGUCUUCCGGCAAGUGAUCCAUGGUUGCUGAUUUAGGGAAAGGCGGUAAUCCGAGAGCCUGUAUCGAAUCGGGGAUGGUACUUGGUAGUGGUGCCAAAGGAUUGUUUUCCAGGAUAUUUAGUGCCUCGUCAUCUCCAAUCUGAGAGGCAGCCAACGAAUAAUAAGGUGAACUUCGUCGUACAGUAGAAGCUGUCUCAGAAAAGUCAACAAGAGGAGGUUCUUUGCUUUCCUGAUCAGGCUCUGAUGGCAGUGGCUGAGUGUUGGGAAGCUUGCCUAGGCCGGACUUUGGACUGGAAAAUUCGUCGAGAAGAGAAUCUUGGUUAUCUAAAAACGUUGGUUCGUCUUCCCGUAGAGGCGUGCUUCGGCGUGUUGAACCGAUUUCAGACCAUGAGAAAUCAACAGGCGGUUGAGCGGAUGGAGCGGCUUCAGCUUCAACCAGCUGCAUUAGAUCAUCCUCAUUGAGGUCAUCAUCAAAUUCAUUUGUUGACGGUAUCUCAGAAUUUGGAAGUUCGGAAUUUGCAUUCUGAUUUGGUAAUGCCGGUGUUGGAUCCUGAGGCUGAACUCCACGAGGAGACUGAUCGUGACGAUUUGGAGUCGUGUCGAGUUGCCCAAUGGCUCUAAUCCUCUCUGAAUGCCGCUUACCCUUUAGGCGUGGGCCAGACUUCCCACCUCUUCGAGGCAUUGGUGCACACUUUGCAAGACAGUUAGUGGAUGAAACUGUAUUGGAGGGGUACACAGCGUUGGUUGUAGGGGAUCUGACUUACAGUUCCCCCAAACGAUUAGAGGGUGUAAUUUGGGCUAUCACCUACCGCCGUAAAUGGGUGAGAACUAAACGAUGCCGAGAUCACAAGCGAGAUCAAAGAAUGUUUGAGAACGUUUUGCGAUUUGGUAAGGGGAUCACGUUGGCUGAGAUGGGUAGGAGCAGAUGGUGGAAGCUGCUGGCAAAAUGGAAGGAGCGGUCACCUUCGAGAGGUUGAAUGCCUCUUGCCUACUUCAUUGCGAUGGCACUUGCCCACUCAUUCGUGAAUCACUGCGUGUAAAUGGAUUUUUUAAAAUUCCUUAAGGUACGAUAAAUAAAAGCGCUACAGGCACCACGUUUAUGUCAUCACCUUAGUAUUCAAUAUCAAGACAAUACAAUUAGUUCUCUACAACGCCAACUCCAAUAUCAACAGGCCAACUUGGGUACACUUAACGCACACAAACUACACUUCACCCUAUCCUGGCAUACAAAAUCAAGAACAACCCUUCACUGGCUUAGACGAAAUGAUGAAUAUAGAUGGUAGUAGACAACGUCAGUUGUUGAAGUGGUUGAAUUUGUCCAGCCUACCCUGC